GGUGGUUCAUUGACAUGGUAGAAAUGUAAUAUUUUUUGUUCGGAAUGACUCAUGUGAUACUAGCGACAAAGCUAAGUAAACAGGUAGAAUGUGUAUUUUGGUCGGGGGUCGUUGGUUUGAUAGAUUUGUCAAAUGCGUGUAGUGUUGUUUAAUAUACAUUACAUUCGUGGUGGAACAGCUGGGAGUGUGUGGACAUAUAAUGCUGAACAGUCUGAAAGCCUUCAUCUUUAACAGGGAUUUAGUGUACUCCUUACUAUGUGGCUCUGACAGAAGAUGUGAGGGUAAUAUUGAGCACGAUUCCAAGCCUUACACCUGUGAUUCCUCUGAGUCUGUUACUGAUGAUGUGACUAGAUUCUGGCGGGAGGAGAGAGAAGAAGGGGCCGUGUACAAUGCCUACCUCAAGAAAGUAACCUAUCACACAUUGUCAAUUGCUGACAAUGAACAAGGGCGUGAGUUUUCCCACCUCAUGUGGGAAACUCAGAAGACGCGGGUCAUCAAGGCGGGAACGCUGGAGAAGCUGGUAGAAAGUCUGGUCACAGUCAAGGGGGAGCUGGACUCAACCUAUGUGAACGUGUUCCUGGCAACUUACCGCACCUUCGCCACGCCCAGACAGGUGCUGGACCAGCUCAUCCAACGGUACAAAUGGCUAAAGUUAAGUGGACAGGAAUGCACGGAGAGGAAGGAACUCCAGGAGAUCCAACAGAGGACAGUGAAGUCGGUGAUUUCAGUAUGGCUAGACACAUAUUCAGAAGAUUUCCGCGAGGAGCCGGACUAUCCUUGCCUUCACACACUAGAGCUGUUCUCUACCCAGUACAUUCCUGACAGUGACCUCGCCAUGCGGGCCAGACAUAAGAUUGACCGCUUCCACAAGGAGGCGCUGAGUAGAUCAGACGCUGGUAUAGAGUUCCGUUUCUCGCUGUGCGAUGAAGUCGACCACAUGAUGGACACUGAAUACCUCAAGCCGCUCCAGUUCAUGGAUAUCCCCAACCAACGCCUCGCCGAACAGCUCACCUGGAAAGAUGCAGAGUUGUUUAAGCGUGUAGUGCCGCACCACUGUCUGGGCGCAGUGUGGGCCCGGCGAGCCCGCCGCCUCGGGAAAGGUGGCAAUGUGGCUGGCAGUGUCCUUGCCACCAUUGAACAGUUCAACCGAGUUUCUCUCCGCGUUUCUGCCACAAUACUCAAGAGUCGGGAUAUGAAAUCAUCGCAGCGAUCCCGCAUUGUACAAAAGUGGAUAGACAUUGCUCAAGAAUUGAGACAUUUGAAAAACUUUUCGUCAUUGAAAGCAAUAAUCUCAGGCCUCCAAGCACAAGCAGUCUACAGACUACGAAGAACGUGGUCCUCGCUUCCGAAAGAAAGUAUAGCCCUGUUUCAGGAGCUGGCUGAUAUAUUCUCCAACGAGAAUAACCAGAUUGCCUCUCGAGAAUUACUUAUGAAGGAAGCCACCGCCAAGUUCCCUGAUGUUGACUCCAACAACAAGUCACUACGCAGAAGAAACAUGGCUAAGCGCCAGUCUUGGAUAGAAAAUGGUAUUGUUCAGGGUACAGGGCCAUAUCUUGGAACGUUCCUCACAGAUCUAACUAUGAUUGACACGGCUAUACAAGACUGUACUGACGACGGGCUUAUCAACUUCGACAAAAGACGUAAGGAGUUUGAGGUGCUGGCCCAGAUAAAGCUGCUCCAGUCAGCAGCCCAAAUAUACAGUCUUUAUGAGGACCCAGGGGUCUGGCUCUGGUUCGACUCCGUCAGAGUUUAUGAUGAAAGCGAAAGCCAUGACCUUUCUUGUGCAAUAGAACCCAUGAAAGAUGAUUCUGCCAAAAUCAAAAAGAAAUCUUCUAGUCUCGGUCACAAGCCCGCCAAGUUUGACAGUUCACGGUUUGCCAUGUUUGCAUGUGGACUAGAUGACCGGUCCAGUGUGUGUAGUAGCUCAAAUCUUGACUCUCCAGUAUCACCCACCCCCGGGAUGUCUCAUUCAUCAUCUACAUCUUCGCUGUUGUCUUACGACAGUGAUCCAAUGUCUCCGUUCAAGUCCUCCGACCACUGUGUUGUCAGGGUCAGCUUUGAGUCGGGAGCCGACGCUCAGACACAUGUGUACAAAAGUAUUAUGCUGCACAAUGCAGACCACACCAACAAUGUGAUUGACAAAGUUCUGGAGAAAUACUCGGUAUCAGGGCGUCACAAAGACUACUGUCUACUGCAGGUCCUGCCUGAUGGGGAGAUGCUGAUCCCAGAUAAAGUGAAUGUGUUUUAUGCUAUGAACAAUAGUGGUUCUGAACUGAGCUUCAUUGUGCGCAGUCGAGAGGAGCAGGAUGCACGCAAUCACCAUCGUCGGCGUGGCCGAAGACGACUGAAAAAACUGAGUUUAUGACAAAGAGCUAAAUCCUCGUUCUUCCACUGCUGCUCUCGGCGCUAACUUAUGUUCUUACUUGUGUGGUGUGACCAGGCCGGACACAGACAGCUUUGUUGAGAUUGUAAUGUCCUUCUGUCUUUUGUUGAGACAACAUCAACUGUUUAAUGUUCCCAGUACAGAGAAAAGCAUCUGCUGAAAGUUGUAACCUUCACUCAAGGAAUGGUUGGACAUUCUCGGAAAAGAAAGGAAUUUCCUCAACAAAUGAGAGGUGCUUAAUGAUAAGACAGAGAGGUUGAUAACCUGGUGCCAUUGCUGGCCAUACAAACCACUGGUCAUUUGAUAGUGAGGCUCUGGUCAUGUGACUGAAAGCUUUAGUCAUGUCAAUGAGGUUCUUGUCAUUUGACAGUGAAGCUCUGGAUAUAUGACUAGCGUGCUCUGUUCAUGUGACAUUGAGGCUUUUGGUCAUGUGACGGUGAAACCACUGGUUAUGUGACAGUGAGGCUCCUGGUCAUGUGACAUUAGGGCCCUGGUGACCAGGGCCCGGGCUUCCAGACCUGUGGUACUGCUGGACAGUUGCCUGUCUGGAGACUGGCUCUGUGUUAAUGCUAGACUAGUGUUGGUUGUGAUAUGUUCAAGUCCUUAUGGUGACUUGGAUAGCUUGUAUGGCAUACAUGUAUUAGAACUUUUUUAUGUUUCUGUUUUAAUUAUUUUGUUUAUGUAAUUUAAAUGAUCCCCUUUAAUCCACCCACACUGUUGUUAAGAUGAACUGUACAUGUUGUUACCCACGAUGUGUUCCUGUUGCCAUGUGUGAGUAAGGGUAGAUAAUCCAUGUGUGAGUAAGGGUAGAUAAUCCAUGUGCCAAUGUUGUUUUUAUCUGUAACUAGAUUAUUUGAUGUAUUUUACGGCCAGAAUAUAUACAGGGUAGUUUUAUGUGACAAUUACUAUAGAAUGCUAGGUCUCCUCUGUAUAGAACAAUAGGUCUCCUAAAUAUACUUAAGGGCAAUAUCUGUAUUUAUAUUGUGAAAAUGAUUUUUUUUCUAUUUGACAUAUAUAUACACACAUAUAUAUAUACAUACAUGUAUAGUUUCCUAUCUAUAAAUCACGUUAAUUAAGAACAAACUCACAAAAAAAUGAAAUUUAAAUUCGUAGGUUGCUCACUUUAAAAUGAAAAACGGAUGAAUCUGCAUAAAUUGUAAGAUAUAUCCGAGGUAGAAUCCACUUUGUUCUGUGAUAAAUGAUAGGACGGUUGUAAUGUUCUGUGGUUGUCACUGGGCUAUGGUUUGAAGUAUUUAAUGCUCGUUUGCCUUUGGUAUUUGAAUAUUUGAGGUUAUACAAAUUAAAAAAAAACAUGUUUGAAUUAGACAACUGGCCUUUAACUUUUAAAAUGAUAAAUAUUAAAUAUCUUGUAACUAAUAAAAACUCAAAUUUCAUACAAUGAAUUAAGGGCCAAAAACUUGUGUUCUGUUGUCAAACCUACUGUCAUCAGUAAGAUGAUUAUAGGGAGAGAACACUGAAAUAUGGGAGAGAUUUGUUAAAGCGUGCCUUCAUCAGAUACUGACACCUUAACAUUAGGUAUUAGUGCUAC